AUGGCAAAUAAAAAUGUUUUCUCGUGGAUUCGGCGUUUGCCCUUUCGAAAGGUAAGUAAAUGACUUGUUUUCUUUAAGGUUCCAAUUAACCAAACCAUUAACUGGGGUUUGUAACAUGUUAACUCCAAGUUUGUGGGUGGGUCCAUAUUUAAAUUAAUAACAUGUAUCACUAGAGGGGUAGAAGCAAAUCAUUAUUGUAUUCUUAUCUCAAUGGAGUUAAAUGCUUAACUAAUUUUUCUAUAUUAAAAUCCCCAUGUUACAGCAAUUUGCAAUAAUGUUGCAGCUACAAGCCCAUCGUUUCACUCACAUCCAAUUCUGGGAGUUGUUUGUCCUUGUUCAUACAACUAGUUGUAUAUGUAUCAGAAUUAGAACUCAAUAAGUGGUUUACAUACACUAAGGUUUAGACAUAUAUUAAUUAUCGAGGAAAUUCAAUACAUUAAAAUACCACAAGACAGUGGCAGCCCAAGAUACUAAACAGGAAAUGGUAAAUGGAAAACUAAACCCGAAAGUCAAUUAAAAUUGAUGAUUUCAAAAUUCUCCAACUGGACUGUAACGACAGCUUAACUAUUUUACCUUCAAUUUUGCCAUUUGGGUUUCAAUGUACUAGAAUUCAGUGUUCAGUGGAUGAAGCCAAGUUACUCAAUAGAUUGGAAAUCUAUAUAAAACAUUUCCCAUACUAGUUACAUACAAGGUCAAUGCAAGUUUUUUUACUACUCUAGGCAAAACAACAUUUUGCUGACCCCCGCCCCCCACCACGCCAAUAUGCUCCGUCCAUGGUAUGACAUCACACUGACCAUAGCGCAAUAUGCGCCGCCUGUGGUGUAUUUAAAAGAAACACUUUUAUAAACGAUCACAAAUGUAACAGGCUUCAUACAGCAAGCAGAGGUGCUUUAAGUUUUCUGGAGUUUUCCUUUAAAGGGCCACUCCAAACACCAUAACCACUACUUCUAACUACUAUUAAUGAAUUGUCAGCUGCUACUCUCAGCCAAUCUCUGCCGUCUCCUUACUGGCUGUACCAAUACUACUGCAUUAGCCGAAGAGAAGAGAAGAGGGAGAGAACGGUUACUGAUGGCACAUAUUUAGUGUUAAAUUAUUUACAAACAAUUUAAAUAUAAGGCUGUUCCAGGGACUCCAGGCACUAUAACAACUUCAAUGCGAUUUAAGUAAACCCAUACCUUUAGGUUGUUUGUAGUAGCUUAUUGCUGGGCCCUGUGGCAGCAACGAGAUGGACUGUAAAAACUUUGGUUAGUUAGAGCAUUUUUAUUUGAAUUUAUUUGGGUUUCUAAUAGUUUUUGCCAUUUCAGGGCGCCAGACGCAAAAAAUGUGAUGACACUGAGCAGAAAGGAGAGGACCCUUCGGGUAUGUUAAAACAUUGUGUGUGUGGCUGUUAUAUCUAUCUUUGGGAAGCCUAGUAACAAUUCUCCUAGCAAGACAUUCCUUCUUCUAUAACUUUAAUAAUAGGUUUCUGUUCAUUUUUUACCAGGAAGGACACAUUCAGAUUUCUCUGGUUUGAUUGCUUCCUGCAGAGUUUGUACAAAAUAUACAAUGUUGACAUUUCUGGGACAUUAGAUUGCAGAGUUAAUAUUUUGGGGAAGGUAGUCCAUUUGUAUAUAUUCAGACGUCGUUUCCAUCUUGUGAGUCUCUUCUAACCCCCUUACUCCUUGUAUCCCCCCACCCAUAAUGCUCUACUGUCUUAGUCCAGAAAAGAUCUGGAAUGUUCCCAUUCUUUUUAAUGACAAUGCUAAGCAUAUCCCAUAAACUCAGCAGGUGUAUGUAGUUCAGCACUUGGCAGUAGUUUCAUUCACUAAUAGUCAUGAAGAAACUGUUUAUUGAGCUGCGUACUCCAUUGAUGUUUAUAACUCAAUGGAACCAGUGGUUGCCUCUCAUUUGUAAACAUAACAAAUGCUCCCCCCAAGAAAUGUAAUUUAAGUGCAUUUCAAUAUCAAUAUUUAUAUAUUGCUAUCAAAAUUUAUGUAAAAUUAAAUUACAUAUAUAUAAAGUAUAUAUUUACGUAUUAUUUUUACAUAAUAAUGUGAUUUUAUUGAUUAUAAAUUGGGGGACCUGCCUGACAACCCAGGCAGAAAGUCCAGUGAAUUCAAUUUACAAGCCCUAUAUUUAACCUUGUAACUUUCCAAAACACCGUAAAACCUGGACAUGUUGUACUUGUGAGACUUGGCUGAAAACAAAUACGUAUGUUUUAAAAGAGUGAAUCAUUUAAUGACGAUGAUAUCAUCAGUGAAAAUGCAGCUUUUCUGUGACAAAUGCAAAUGUUUGGACAGGGUUUGUGACUAAGUGGCUCCUAAAAGAUUAGAUUUACCCCAUUUGCAAAACCCUGGGUUGUCUACGUUUGCAAAUGGUUUGCCAUGAUGGGGGUAAUUCUCAUUCCUGGCCUGCCAUACUGCCUUAAAGGCAACUAAACCAACAAAUUUCAAGGUGCAAAAACUGCAAAGGGGGAAGUACUAUAUGUAACCCUGUAACUUUCCAAAAAUCCAUAAAACCUGUAUAUGGCUAAACAUAAAUAUGUGCAUUUUAUUGCACUAAAAGUUAACAGUAUUAUGACAUUUAAAGGUAAAGUGCCACAGAGUACUUUUUAAUUUCUCAAACUUUUUAUUUUAUUUUAUUCAUAUUAAAUUAUGUUUCAUACAUAAAUAGUUUAUUUUUGUGAAAUGAAAACCCUCUUUCUCUUGAACAAAAUUGUAUGUAAUACGUGUGGGUGCACUUAAUAUGAAAGAGGUAAAGCUAUGGUUAAACAAUAUGUAUCUCAAAUUCAAGGUUUUGUUUUGAACAGAACUUGGAUAACUUCCUCCAUCCUUAAGGGCUUAAAAGAUAUAGGACAAGGCAGGGAAUAAUAUUAUGUUGUAGUUAUAAUUAUCAGAAGACAAAAGCAGGGAUAGGGAAACUUUGGGCACCAAAACAUUUGAGAGCACAUAACAUAUUAUGGUACAUGAAGUGUCUGAAUAAAAGUGUAUGUAUAAAAAGAUCCUAUAAUUUGUCAUGUUGCCUUACUUGUAUUGUGUGAUAUUUCAAACCAGUGAAUGAACAAUAUUGUCUGUCUACAUUGUGAUUUGACUACUGUCUUUUUUAUUAUUAUUUAUAGAGUGUCCAAUUACUCCAAACUCUCCUAAAAUUGCCAAGGGCUCAGCUGUAAAUGGUAGUUUUUCCUCAAUCGAUCUGAACUCUCCUAAACGUAUCGUAUUGGCAGCUAAUACUGAGUCAUCAAAGGACAUCCCUAAACAUGUAGCUCAACCUGAUAUUGAUAAAGUUAGGGAGCAGAUCAAACAGGAAAUUAGAAAUGAACUUAAAAUUACAGCAGGAGCCAGAAACAUGGUAAAGGCUACAACCAAGAAAAAACAUCUUGCAAAAGUCAACAAGUUUCUCAAAACAUCACAAAAAAAACUGGAUGACCUUUACAUUAAACUUCAGGAGCGCAAUGCGCAUAUUGUUGUGCCAGACGCAGAAGGUACAUUCCAAGACUUUGUGUUUCCUUGUAAUGAGUGUGUGUAUGUGCUUGUUUAUUGUAAAUAUAUUUCAAUAAUUUCCUGGAGAACAUGGAUAAAUACUAUGUUACGCAUCCAACAUGUAAAUGUAACCUACAGAUAUAUAGAGGAACGUUAGCAGUACUGUUUUUCUUUUUCUUUUUCAUUUUAUAAUCAGGUGGAUGUUUUAGAGACUUCAAACAGCAAAUCGUAACUUUGGAUCAGUUACUGCACUCGUGA